CAACUAUGUUGUAUUGGUUGAAGUGUUCUUCACUCGCAUCCUCAGAAGAUGAAGUUUAACAUAAAUGAGAAUGCUUAAAUGGAUGUGUGGGCACAUUAGAAGAGACAAGAUUAGAAAGGAAGAUAUAUGAGGUAAGGUGGGAGUAGCUUCAUUGGUGGACAAGAAGCGGGAAACAAGGCGAAGAUGGUUCGAGCAUUCGAAGAGGAGGAACACAAAUGCCCUAGUGAAGAGGUGCAAGAGGUUGGCAGUGAUAGGUUUGAGGAAAGGUAGAGGUAGAUCGAGGAAGAAUUGGGGGAUGUGAUUAUACAAUAGAUGAAACAUCUUCAACUAAUAAGGACAUGACUUCAAAUAGGGAUCAUGGAGGAUCAGGGUAGACUGGUAGUAGGUGGUUGAGCAUUUUCUCUCUUCCUCGUGGUUGAGCAGUGUUCCGGUCUGGAGUAUCUAUUGGUUUCCUUACCACUAUUAUCCAACCUUCCCAAUUUGACACAGAGUUUAAGAAAAAGAAAAGGAAGACUUUAGAAACUUGUGGUUUAAAACAAUCCUUAGAUAUUUAUUUGAUGGUAAAUCAAUUUGUUAGGGGUAAAAGGGAAAUUUUAAAGUUGUUAUUUCUAAUAAUACAAAAGUGACAUUUUUUUUGAGGAAGCACUAAAAAGUCAAGUGUGUCACAUAAAUUGGGACAAAGGGAGUGUUAUUUUGGUAGCAUACCUUGUUCUUCAUUUUGUUUCUAUUGUUGUUUCUUUUACUUUUGUUAUCUCUAAUAAUUUUAUUGUCAAUAUUUUUCUUUUUUCAAUAUUUUCAUAAUAGCAUUGCAUUUCUUUCAAACCAUGUUCUGAAAAUAGAUUUUUCUUGGGAACCAUGGAUUUUUAUCUGUAAUUUGCAACCUUUGAUGCAGUUAACAAAUUCUCUCCAAGAGGCCACCUCAAGAAGCAACUUAGCAUCUAGACAGCUAGCUUCUUCUGCUGGAUCAAACACUUCAAAGUUCUAGUCUUCGAAGACCAUCUUCUUCAGGUGGCUAUGGUGAAAGGGAAUGAAACAGACAAAAUGUCACUGCUAGCAUUCAAGAAUAUGAUCAUUGAUGACCCUUUCAAGAUCAUGGACUCCUGGAAUGAAACUAUACAUUUCUGUGACUGGCCUGGGGUCUCAUGUGGUAACCGUCAUUGCCGAGUUACAGUUUUAAAUCUUACUUCUCUGAAAUUGAGGGGUUCUCUGUCACCAAGCAUUGGUAACCUGAGCUUUCUUAAUGUCCUUAAGCUUCAAAAUAAUAGUUUUUCAGGUGAAAUCCCAUCAGAGAUUGGCUACUUACAUAAGUUAAACGUUUUACGCCUUGAUAAUAACUCGUUCACUGGUCAUAUUCCUUCAAACAUUUCUGGUUGCUUCAAUCUUGUUUCUGUUGGUCUUUCGUAUAAUAUGAUGGUAGGCGAAAUUCCAGCAGAAUUAGGCACAUUGUUGAGACUCAAACAACUUUCUCUUGUUUCUAACUCUUUGACAGGAGGAAUUCCGCCUUCGUUUGGUAAUCUUUCUUUACUUGAUACCUUUUCUGCAAGCAAGAAUAAUUUGUUAGGGAAAAUACCUGAUGAAUUAUGUCAAUUACUCAACUUAAAGUACUUUGUAGUGAAUGAAAACAACUUGAGUAGUACCCUGCCUCCUUGUCUUUUCAAUCUUUCCUCUAUCGUGGCCAUCGAUGUUGGAACAAACCAUUUAGAAGGACAAUUGCCUCCAUUGCUUGGUAUUACUCUUCCUAAGUUAGAGUUCCUUAGCAUUUAUAGAAACAAUGUAACUGGAAAUAUUCCGGGGACAUUGUCAAAUGCUACAAAUCUUCAGUCUCUUAUUGCUGGUAGAAAUGGACUCACAGGAAAAGUACCACCCCUUGGAAAUUUGCUGAAAAUGAGGAGAUUUUUAGUUGCUUUCAAUGAUCUUGGCAAGGAGGAGGCGGAUGACCUUAGUUUUCUCUCCACAUUGGUGAAUGCCACCAACUUGGAGCUUGUGGAGCUCAAUACAAAUAAUUUUGGUGGAGUCUUACCUGCAUCUGUUAGUAAUCUUUCGACUGAGCUUAUAGAGCUUUCGUUGUCUUAUAAUCAAGUUUCUGGAGAAAUCCCAAGAGGGAUAUCCAAUCUCAAGAAGCUUCAGGCUUUCUUUGUAGCUUACAACAGAUUUAUCGGUGAAAUUCCUUCUGAAAUUGGUGAUCUUAUGUAUUUGCAAGAGCUGGCUUUACUUGGAAAUCAGUUCUCUGGCCAAAUUCCAAUCUCAUUGGGAAAUUUAGCUUCUUUAACCAAACUCACUUUAAGAGAAAACAAUCUCCAGGGGAGAAUUCCUUCCAGUUUAGGCAAAUGCGACAAGUUGGAACUGUUGGAUCUUGGUUCAAAUAACCUUAGUGGUUUCAUACCAUCAGAAAUUCUUGAACUCUCAUCAUUGUCGGAGGGCGUGGACCUAUCUCAGAACCACUUAACUGGUUUCCUUCCGAUGGGAAUUGGGAAGUUGAGAAAUCUAGGCUACUUAAACCUGUCUUAUAACAAGUUGCAGGGCCAGAUUCCUACCACUAUAGGUACUUGUGUGAAACUUGAAGCACUAGACUUAAACAACAACAACUUUCAGGGUAGUAUUCCUUCAACCAUGAAUAAUUUGCGAGGCCUGGAAUUUUUAGUCCUUUCUCACAACAAUCUGUCAGGUGGAAUCCCGGGAUUCUUGAAGGACUUCAAAUUUCUUCAGAUUUUAAAUCUGUCUAGCAAUAAUUUGGAAGGUGCUGUCCCAACUGGAGGUAUCUUUAGUAAUGCUACUGCGGUUUCCAUCAUAGGAAAUAAAAAUCUCUGUGGGGGUGUACCGGAGUUGGACCUUCCGGUUUGCAUUGUAGGAGUAAAGAAAGAAAGGAAAUCAGGUUUUCCCUUGAAAAAAGUAAUUCCUGUAGUUAGUGGGCUUAUAGGAUUGACAUUGAUAGUUUGUUUUCUUGGCAUACGACAGUUUAGUAGAUUGAGAAAAACAACACCUACAGAUAUACCUGAAAACUCAACCUUAAGAAUAUCUUAUCAGUGUCUACUUAGGGAAACUGAUAGAUUUUCUGCAUCAAAUUUGCUUGGCAUGGGUGCUUUUGGGUCUGUAUAUAAAGGAAUUUCUGAACAUGAUGGUACUGUUUUUGCUGUUAAGGUACUGGACCUUUCACACCAUGCAGCUUCCAGGAGUUUUUUAGCUGAAUGUGAGGUUCUAAAGAACAUCAGACAUCGUAAUCUUGUAAAGGUUCUAAGUGCAUGCUCAGGUAUUGAUUAUGAAGGUAAUGAGUUCAAAGCCAUAGUUUAUGAAUACAUGGAUAAGGGGAAUCUACAGGACUGGUUGCAUUUCACUCCUCAGGAGAACUCUGAGCCACAGGAGGAACACAAGAAGCUAGGGUUUAUUCAAAGAUUAAACAUUGCGAUUGAUGUUGCCUGUGCUCUGGAUUAUCUCCAUAAUGAUUGCCAACCCCCUAUAAUUCACCGCGAUCUGAAGCCAAGCAAUAUUCUUCUAGAUGAGAACAUGACUGCACAUGUUGGUGAUUUUGGUUUGGCAAGAUUUGUUCCACCAGAAAUUCCGAACUCAUCAGAAAAUUCAAAAAGUCUUACAGGUGUAGGGGGGACAAUUGGUUAUACACCUCCAGAAUUAGGUAUGGGAAGCGACGCCUCAACCUAUGGAGAUGGAUACAGCUUUGGCAUACUGCUCUUGGAAAUGUUUACCGGGAGGAAACCAACUGAUGAAAUGUUCAAAGAUAAUUUAAACCUUCAUAACUACGCGAAUGCUGCUUUGCCAGACAGAGUGAUGCAUAUUACAGAUCCAAUUCUUCUACAGGAACGAGAUGAACUUGAAAUGGAAUACAAACUUCAUGACAACACAAGCAGUGCUGGCGACAUAUUUCUGUCAUUCUUAAUCAACGUGAUUCAAAUCGGAGUUUCCUGCUCCGCUGAAUCUCCAAAAGAAAGAAAGCGGAUCAGUGAUGUCGUUAGAGAACUCAAUUCAUUAAGGAAGUUGUUUUUGGAGCAAGCAUACCGGAAGAAAAAGUUAUAAGCUUCAACCUGCAUUGACAGAUGAUGACAGGCAUAGGGUUAGUCCUUCUCAUGGUUGGUGACAUGAGGUUAAUAUGCACUGUGAAACAAAUUCAUGAAUUUAAGGUUUGAUUCUGCUCUUAUAAUUUGCAGUUAUAAACUUGUAUGUUCCUAGUAAAUGAUAGCUCUUUGCACAUUUCUUAGUUUAGAUGCCUUAUUUAUUUUAUUGAGAUAUCUAUAGCUGCUAGACUAGUAGAUCACUGAAUUACACAAUUGAUCUCAAGCUGCCACCUACAUGUCCAAACAUCAUAUUUGAAGUUUUUGAGACGU